UGUCUCUGCUGUGAUUGGACAAAGUUUUACGUAGUAAAACCGUCAUACCCGGAAGAAUGACAAAUAUCUAUUAUUGUUGCUAACGUUUAAGGUAUCUUAAUACAAAGAAGACACAAUCGUUAGCUGGACCAAAAUGGCAUCCUACUUUGAUGAACACGACUGUGAGCCCACCAACCCAGAGGAACAGUAUCGGCAGAACGCACUACUUGAACUGGCCAGGUCUUUAAUGCAAGGCUUGGACUUACUUGACUCAGGGGCGUUUGAUUUGUCAGACUGGGACCAACGUCUUCCGCCUCCGGCUGCCAAAACUGCUGUUCAGACCCUCACUGUGGUCAUCAUUUCUCCAGAGCAAGCAGACAAAGGGCUCAAGUGUCCUGUUUGUUUGCUGGAGUUCGAGGAACAAGAAACAGUCCGAGAGAUGCCUUGCAAACACCUUUUCCACUCAGGAUGUAUACUGCCCUGGCUGGGCAAGACUAACUCCUGUCCGCUCUGCCGACUUGAAUUACCAACUGACAAUCCAGAGUAUGAGGAGUUUAAAAAAGACAAGGAGAGAAGAAAACAGAGGGAACACAGGCUGGAGGACCUACAUGGAGCCAUGUACACAUGACACCCUGGUGCUGUGGUGCAAGUUUGUGUCACAGUGACAUUUUACUGAAAAUUACUCAAAAACAAAAAAGGAAGCUUCAGGAAAUACAUAAUGAUGUGUUCAUGCCAUGUCAUACAGAAUGUAAUCAUAAGCAUGCAGCUCAUGUGUCAGCCUCAUAUUUGUAGUAUAUCAAUAUCUCCCAAUUGGCGAAAAGAACUACAGAACUGUCAACAAAUGGUUGGUGAAACAGCCGCAAAGUCAACAUCACUGGCAGCUCCUUCUAAAUAUAACCCGGGUAUGCAACGCAAUAAAAAUAGAUAUUUAGAGAAAUAUAUAUAUAUACAUAUAUAUAUGUGUGUGUGUGUGUGUGUGUGUGUAUCUGUUGUGACUAUAAGGCUCGCAGUGGGGGUAACCAUGUUGGAAUAAUGUGUGACCGCUCCCGUUUGCUGCUCCUUCCUUUCAUUUGACAUGGCAUGAAUGCAACAUAAACAACGAGGUCAUUGAAAAUUGAAAAUGCUUAUUAGUAAAUGCUCUUUUCUCAUUAGUUAGGAUGAAUAUAUUUUAAGAUGAGUAUGCUGUUGACAGCAGCACUAAG